AUGACAACUCCAGUUGCUGGUUUGCCUAUAUCAUUUUCAAAUGAUGAUGCUAAAGCAAAUAUCUGUUCAAAAGCACAAUCAUCUAUAAAUGCAUUAGCUACACUUGUUAAAUCUAUUAUAAAAAAUUCUCAUUCAAAUGAUCAUCUAACAACAACAUUAAAACAAUUUGCCAAUAGUGAUCAACAACUUACAUCAACACAAGAUCAUAUUCAAAAAAUCGAACAUAUAUGUCAACAAUUACUUUUUCAAUCAGAUAUUCUUCGAUUAGAUACUCAAGAACUUAAUCAAAUUCAUGAAACUCUUACUGAAAUGAAACUUGAUGAUCAUUAA